AUGGAGUCCGCUCUCUGUUCGAAAGACGCGUUCGACCGUGCGGCAGACCUUUGGGACAGCGAAAGUUCUUCGGCAACCCCUUCGAAAAGCAACAAUGGCACGAGCACGGAUAUCCAAGAUGUGGAAAUGGCGGGGGAGAAUGAGACUUUGGACGUCACGCUUGUCGGUUCAGAUGGCUUUGAAAUCAAAUGCUCAAGCAUCGACCUAUCACAGCAGUCGAGUAAGCUCCACGAGCUGUUCAUCGAGGGAAGCCGGAUUCAUUUGCCGAUAUCUUGGAAGGAGCUGCAGGCACUAGAAGCGGCCCUUGACUACCAGGAAAUGGCGGGCAGAAGCUGGAGCGGCUUUUGGCUGGAGGAUCUGGUUAGAGCUGUCGAUGUGUUUUGCUUUUACGAGUUCAAGUUUUGGCCGUCCUAUGCAAUCGAGACGGCAAUCCUUGACCAUCUCGAGAACGGCGGUCAGGAGUACGAUACCCUGCUCGGCGAUGAACGCUACAUUGCGAAGGUUCGGUGUUCGGCUCAGCAGGCCGGCAUGUAUCGACUUCUAGCUUUGAUCGACCGAGAAAAGCCUGCGGGUUUAGAACAGUACGAGGGCGAGGACUGCCGGCCACGAAAGUGGCAGAAGCUUUCAGCCAACUGUGCUGUCGCCACAAUGCUUUCGAACGUUACUCGUGCCAUGUAG